GAAGGCUGCAGUGGCUGUCCGGGCAAGCUGGGAGUUGUAGUUUUGCAACAUCAGGAGGUCCGCAGGUUGAAGACCACUGAAAAGGGAUUGACAGGCGGAGAGUUCACUCGAGUAUAAGCCGAGGGGGGCGUUUUCAGCACAAAAAAUCGUGCUUAAAAACUUGGCUUAUACUCGAGUAUAUACGGUUCAUUGAUUGUAUUGUAGGUUCUGGCAAUGGUAUAGAGAGCUCAUCUGGUGUAACCCCUCAACAAUGUGCUACUAUUUGUGUAUUUGUUAUUUCAGUAUCACUUGGAGGAGACAUCACCCCUCCAUUUGCAGCCUGGAGGCAGCUUUUUAUUAUAACAGCUUUACCUGAAGGUUCCAGGGUUUCUGCUGGCCAGGGAGAGCACAUAAAAGCAAGCUCCACUUCAUUUGUGAACCAUCCACUUAGCAGGUACAGGACGCAAAGGACCUGCUACAAUGUUGCGAUUAUACCACCAGGGUGUGCUCCUUCUCCAGUCAGUACUUCUCUUCUCAGGCACUUAUUGUCAAUACCCUCUCCCAAAUACAGAUAACUGCUGCAUCUUAGAUGAGCGAUUUGGGGAGUACUGCCCAACCACAUGUGGAGUAUCAGACUUUCUAAACAGAUACUACACAGAAGUAGACACAGACCUGCAGUAUUUUGAAGGUCUUCUAGAUAGAAUUAGAAAUGAAACUACGACUACUACUAUAAUUGUGACUGACAUGCAACAAGUAGGAUCCAAGCCCCAAACAGCUCCACAAGGGAUCAAAGACCCUACGCAGAAAUCUAGGAGCAUGUUGGAUGAGAUUACAAGAUAUGAAAGGACAGUUACAGACAAUGAGAGGAUCAUACAAGAACUACAAGACAUGUAUAACUCAAACUCACAAAAAAUUAGCCUGCUAAAACAGAAGAUAUCAGUACUGGAAACCCAAUGCCAACAACCAUGCAAAGAUACUGUACAGAUACAGGAGUUCACAGGAAAAGACUGUCAAGAAGUUGCGAAUAAGGGAGCAAGGACCAGCGGCCUUUACUAUAUCAAGCCUCUCAAAGCCAAGCAGCAGUUCCUGGUUUAUUGUGAAAUUGAACCAUCUGGAGCCGCAUGGACUGUUUUGCAAAGAAGGCUUGAUGGCAGUGUGGACUUUAACAAGAAUUGGAUUCAAUACAAAGAAGGAUUUGGAUAUCUAUCACCUACUGACACAACAGAGUUUUGGCUUGGAAAUGAAAAGAUUAACCUUAUCAGCACCCAGUCUACCAUUCCAUACGUUCUGAGGAUAGAGCUGGAGGACUGGAGUGGACACAAGAGCACAGCAGACUACUCCACAUUCAGAUUGGGUUCUGAAAAGGACAAUUACCGGCUGACAUAUGCAUUUUUCCUUGGUGGUGAAGCUGGAGAUGCAUUUGACGGCUUUGAUUUUGGAGACGACCCCAGUGACAAGUUCUACACAUCUCACAAUGGCAUGCAGUUUAGUACCUAUGACAAAGAUAAUGACAAAUUUGAUGCUAACUGUGCCGAGCAAGAAGGCUCUGGAUGGUGGAUGAACAGAUGUCAUGCUGGUAACCUCAACGGCAAAUAUUACCAAGGUGGCACCUACUCAGAGUCUCAGAGUUCUAGUGGUUAUGACAAUGGAAUUAUUUGGGUAACAUGGCGAAGCCGUUGGUAUUCCAUGAAGGCAGUGUCAAUGAAAGUCAUUCCUUUGAACCGAUAUGGAGGAGAUGAUCAACAGCAGUUUUCAAAGGGUGCAAAGGUCGGAUUAGAACAGCGAGGAGAUUUCUAGACUUUUGAAUCUUUUAUCUAUUCCACACUGAACAUUUACAAUAUUAGCAUCACACCAUUUUUCCUGUCUUCAAGUAGAUCCUGUUUACAAAUAAAGUUUUCAAAUGAUAAAAGCAAUCAUUGUGCUAGUGCCAGUGCUGGUUUCUGCUGCACUUGCUGUUGUUGUUUUAAUUUCUAAUAGAAAGUGACAUGGAAAAUAUAUAUAUUUUAAAUAUG